GACGGGGUGGCCCUGCGCACCAGCCUGUGCCUCCGGCUGGAGUCCAGGUUCGCGGCCUGGAUCCAGGAGCUUUACUCCAAGCUGGCACGCGCAGUCGGAGAGGACUUUCUGGAGUGGAACGCCAGCUUGCGCAGGAACGAGGCGCGGAUCUUCAUGCUGUCGCUGGUCACCGCAGAGCAGGUGCGCGUGCAGCGAAGCAGGCUCGCGCCUGGCGCCGCCGGCGGGCCCGAAGGGCAGCCCGACGCGCUGCACGCGGCGUGCUCGCGCGCCGCACCCGGUGCAGCACCGCGGGCGGGAGGCUUCGCGGACUUCUCCUUCGGCGUGCCCGGCUGCGUCUCCUCCUCUUCCACGUCGCCCGCGGGAGGGCCGCAGCUUUGCGAGUUCGACGACCGCUCGGCGCGCCACCUCCAGGAUGCCGAAGCGAGGCUCACCCAGGAGGCGCAGAGGUGCCAGGUCGCGCUGGGCUCGGAGGACGUCAGGGCUGCCGAGGCCUGGGUCGUGGGCCUGUUCUCGCCUCAGGUCGGCUACGCGCAAGAGUGGCCCUGCGCCGGAGUGGCCUCCGGUGCGGGCUCCUCGGGCUAG